AUGGUCGACGCUCCCGAGAGCCCGAGGCCCCAGGAACAAACUCCCCAAAAGAAUGUCUUCCAGAAUGGGGUCAGAACCACAGGCCGGGCCUUCCACUCCCCCAACUGGCGUGUGAAGCGCGAUGAGAGCCCUAGUGGUCAGAGCGCCGCUGCCGGGUCCCCCGGUCCCAAGACCAGCACCUCGAGAAUUGCAUUCAGCAGACCCAGCCCGCAUGUGCCCCAGGCCAUCUCGGAGGGCCGCCGUCUCUACGUGGGCAACAUGCCCUACACGGCCAAGUCGGAGGAUGUGCAGGCUCUCUUCGAUGCGGCUGAGUUCCGAAUCGAGCGUAUCGAUAUCGCCAUCGAUCCUUUCACCGGCCGCAACCCCUCAUAUUGUUUCGUCGAUCUGGAGACCAAGGAGCUGGCUGAGCGCGCCAUGACGGAGUUGGACGGUCGGGACAUGCUUGGUCGUCCCGUCAAGAUCAAGCCUGGUGUCGUUAAGACCCAGAGUGAGCGGGCUCAGCAGCAGCAACAGCAACAGCCGCGCUCGGAUGCCUCCCCUCGUGAGGCUCGUUCUUCUCCGUUCAACAUGGACCGGUGGCGCCGCGGCGACGAGGCCCAGCCCCCGCGCACUCCGUCGAAGACCACUACCACCACCGCCGCCAGUACCCCCUCCAACAGCGAUCCCAGCCGUCGCCUCUAUGUUGGCGGCCUCCCAAGAUUGACGGACCAGGAGGCGAUCACCAGCAACAUGACCAACUUCUUCAAGGAUUACAAAGUUGAGAAUGUCAGCAAGCUGUUCGCUCCUCACCCCGCGAAGAGAUUCGAGCCCGGUGACCACUACUACCUGUUCGUCGACUUCAGCAGCGUCGAGGAGGCUGAGAAUGCCAUGAACGCACUGAACCGCGCGGAGGGUCCCUGGGGUGCCGUCCUCCGGGUCCAGAGAGCCCGUGGAGAGAACAACUCGCAAGAGCGGAGACCCAAGUGGUCGUCCAGCCGGGACGAAGCCACCCCGGUUGCUGAGGAGGUUGCGGCCGCCGCAUAG